AUGCAUAUGGCUCAACAGCCUAUUCAGAACGGCAACCUAGCUCCAGGUGCAGGUGCAGGCAUGGCACCUCUCUCGACUUCCCCCUCGCAUCACCCAACAUUACCAUGGUCCAACGGCAUUCCAUCGCCUCCUCGCAUUCUGGUCCCGCCUCCAACUCUGAUCAACGAUCCCGCCAGUCGCGGAAGACCUGGAACCAGACAGCCCCUAAACUAUGGCCCACCGCCCAAUGGUACCAGUCUCAGUAGCUCCCAGCUACUUGCUAGUUCCGGAAUCCUUCCCACUACCCUCCAAGAUUGGCGAUAUGAAUCUCGUCGUGAAGCCCAACAGAUCCUCCCACACCUUUAUCUAGGCCCCGUCUCUGCUGCAAAGGAUCUGGCUUAUCUCCGACGCGAAAAUAUCACCCUUCUUAUCGCCGUCCGAAACAAUGUUACUGCCCGGCAUCGUCUUCUGAAUGCCUACAAUGAAAUUGCCAAGGACCCGGAGCUCAAAGCUCGCAUUCGCUUCGAAUCAGUCGAUGUCUCAGGUAACCAAGAGCUCAUCGCUUCGUUCCCGAUCGCCUCGAAAUUGGUUGACGAUCACCUCUACAACCAUGCACCUCCAGGUUUCGCCCGACGUAAGCCAAAUGGCCUACCGGAGCAACCUCCAAACCCAGGAAAGACCCUGAUAUACUGCGAAUCCGGUAAUGAACGUAGUGCUGCUGUUGCUGCCGCCUACAUCAUGCAGCAUAUUAACUGCAGCGCCGUUCAAGCAAUACAGGUCAUCCAGGGUCGCAGAUUCUGCGUCUGCUUCGACGAUUCCAUGAAGUAUCUUCUUACUGGGUAUGAACCGAUCUGGAUGGCUAGACGUGAUGUUGAAAUCCAACAGCUCGCUGCCGCUGCUGCCGCUACUGCUUCUCAGCAUCUCAACGCGGUAUUCGGUAGACCCCAACAAGAACCCGCAAACACAGGAAAGAAGUCAAAGCGAGGAAUCGAGGAGGCUUAUGAUGAUGAAGACAUGUCCGGCGGAGACUACUCGUUGCUCACAGAGCUUGAUGCGGCCAGGUUCGAGAAGAGAGAAGGCAUUGCGCCGUUCUCGGAUUCCCAGUCAUCAGCAAUGUCACUCGACGAUGCAAUGGAUGUCUAA